AUGGCUGGCAAGAAGAUGCUCCCUUUGCCGUAUCCUUUCUCGCUGGAGGAAGCGCUGAAGAAGAAUCCGGAAACAAAGACGUCGGAUAUCGGGAUGCUGAGGGAAUGGUGCGAGAAGCAGCAACAUCUUCCAAUAAUUUCCGAUCUGCAUCUGUUACUCUUCCUGCACAGCAAUUACAACAGCAUGGAAGCAGCGAAGAACACUGUGGAGAAUUUCUUUACGAUCAGGUCACACGUUCCAGAAUUCUUCGCGAACAGGGAUCCUCUAGGAUCGAAGGAACUGCGCCAGGCGUUCAACACUGCAUUCACUACCCAAUUGUCAGGCCUCUCGAAGCAAGGUUACAACGUACUAUUCGGGAAGUUAAUUGACGGGGAUUCGUCACAUUACUCCUUCGAGGAGUGCACCAAGUACUUCUUCAUGAUAUCAGAUCUGAUCGGGCUGAAAAAUGGACCGUGCGACGGAUACGUUUUCAUCGGUGACGCUUCUGAAGUGUCACUGGGCCACGUAGGCCGGAUGAGUCCCAUGGGAAUGAAGAAGCUGGUGAUGUACGUUCAAGAGGCGAUUCCUGUCCGUUUGAAGGAGAUACAUUUUAUCAAUACACCGCCGGUGAUGGACGUGAUAAUGAACAUGGCGAAGCCGUUCAUGAAGAAGGAACUCUGGAGCAUGAUACAUUUGCAUUCAUCGUUGAAGACCCUGGAGGAGUUCGUUGCUGUCGAUCUUCUGCCGAGCGAAGUGGGUGGAAAGGCGGGAUCGAUAUCGCAAUUGCACGAAGAGCAAAUGAAAGAAAUCGACGAUAAACGUGAAUGGUUCAUCGAGGAGGAGAAAUUGUCGCGGGUGGAUGAGUCAUUGCGCAUUGGCAAAAGUAAAACUGCCAACGACCUAUUUGGUGUCGAGGGGACUUUCAAAAAGCUCGAAAUAGAUUGAGCAAUUCUUUCUUUCAUCCUAUAAA